AUGUGGAAUCUGUGCCUGCUGAUGAUGACCAUGACAUUCGGCUAUGCAAAACCUGAACAGACCUAUUGGGCUUAUAUACCUGACCCCCCCUUAUUACACCCCAUGGUCUGGGAAAGCCCUGAGAUCCCUAUAUAUGUUGAUAACACUCAGGCAUUAGGUCUGCCUUCAAGUGGACAUUUAAAACCACAGCUGGAGAAGAAUUUUACUUAUGUUGGAAAAGGUAUUGGAUUACCUGUUUGCCUCUCCAAAAAGAAAUCAGCCACUGGGUGUCUAUCUGCCUCUUCGCUUAUUAUGCAUACUAAUGACUCUGUUAUUGGAUGGACAGUUAAGAUUCUUUCUUUAGGAGAUUGGUCUUCAGAGAGUCCGCCUGUUGUUCCUGCCCCUCAUUUUCCACCUUGCACAGGAAAUUCCAAAUUGGACAUUACAUCGGUCCCGUGGAAGGGAUGUUCCAAUAAGGUUUCUUUUCGAUAUGAUAUUCCUGGAACAAACAGAUACAUCCUUGAUUGGUCGGAUAAGACUUGGACUUUUACAGAACGGGCUGGAUGGACUCGAAAGUUGGACUCAGGACUUUGGACUUCUGAUUCACAGCAUCUGCAGAGUGCUUUGUGGAAACUUAUGGGGGUAAUGGAAAAAAUUGACUAUAUUGUUGAAUAUUGUAAAUCAGGAACUCCCUGUACCCCUGAUUCUGUUUUAGAUGAUGGAUCUAAAAAUUGGAUUACUGUACGUAAUGCUGCAAAUGUUUCUGCUUGUGUGCCUUCCCCAUAUGCUUUGUUAAUUGGGAAUAUUGAUAUUCAGUUUGAGGGAAAUCAUUUUCAUGUAUUCUGUAAUAAUUGUACUCUGGCAAAUUGUGUUUCCUGGGUACCAUCUGGAACUCAAAUUAUGGUUCUUAAGCAGCCCCCUUUUGUCAUGCUUCCUGUCAAUAUUUCUGAACCGUGGUAUGCAGAAAGAAGUCUGCAGAUUUUUAAAGAAAUUGAGCGCGCUUUGAGCAGGCAGAAACGGUUUAUUGGACUCCUGAUUGCAGGAAUAGUCGCCCUGGUAACUGUAGUUGCCACGGCCGCUACAGCUGCUGUAGCUUUGUCUCAAACUAUUCAAAAUGCCAAUUAUAUUAACACUCUAACUAAAAACGUUUCUUUGGCAUUGGAAACUCAAGAGGAUAUUGACACAAAAUUAGAAGAAAAGUUAAAUGCCUUAUAUGAUGCAGUUCAAUAUAUGGGAAGUGUAAUCCAAAGUAUAAAAGUUAAAUCUCAUUUAGAAUGCCAUCCAGAAUAUCAUUGGAUUUGUGUAACUUCCAAAGAGUAUAAUCAAAGUCAAUAUGAAUGGAAUCGGGUCCGUUUGCAUCUCCAAGGAGUGUGGCAUAAUGUUAAUGUCUCUCUUGAUAUGCUUCGGCUUCAUGAGGAAAUUAAGAAUAUGAGAGAGGCCGAGCCUUUGAGAUUCGAUGUUGCUCAGGCUGCUUCCGAUUUUGUUAAUGCUUUGAAAAAUGCUAUGCCUUCUUUGCCUUCUAUGCCAAAUUUGGUACAUUCUGUAUUGGUAUUUCUUACAUUGGGCAUCUGUGUCUGUAUGAUUCUGUGCCUGCUCCCUGUCCUCAUCAGAGCCUUCAUUAAUAGAAUGCUGGACUUGCGUGCUGACAUUCAUCAAUUGGAGCUUAAGACAAAGCCUUAA